GUUCCGCCCGCCUUCUCCCCAAGACCUGGCCUGACUUCUCUGCAAACGCUCUGAGGGGUGACGGGCAGCAAGCUCUUGAAACUCGCUCCGGAGAGGGAACUCAAGCUGCCAAAGGAAUUCUCGAAAGGGAGCAGGGGCACAGACAAGGACGGGGCGCAUGCUGGGCGCUGUCUCCGUGAUCUCUAAGUUUCCCCGAGUUAGGUCCUGUCUUCCCUCUACCCUCCACGCUGGGGAUGAAAUUUAGCAACAAGAAGGAAGCACUUCACGCGGCGUCAAUGGACUGAGACUAAACCAAGACUCGGCCCUAUCCCCAUCAGCCUUGUACUCACCGGCAUCGCCCACCUCCCUCUGGGUUCCUGGGCCAGCAAGCAAGAUGCUGGAACGAGAUGCAGAGUCCGCGGCUGGGGACACCGAUCCUAGUCCCGCUGGCAAGGAACCAGUAACCAAGGGAGGAGCUCCGCUCCAGGGCUCGCCGCAGAAGCCCAGCCAGUCGGUUCCGGGGCCUGCCACGACCGCGGCGGCGCCUUCCCGACCCCGACGGCGGCCCCCGCCCCAGCGCCCACACCGCUGCCCCGACUGUGACAAGGCCUUCUCGUACCCGUCCAAGCUGGCCACGCACCGGCUGGCCCACGGCGGCGCCCGCCCCCACCCGUGCCCCGACUGCCCCAAGGCCUUCUCCUACCCCUCCAAGCUGGCAGCCCACCGCCUCACGCACAGUGGCGCCCGCCCACACCCCUGCCCACACUGCCCAAAGGCCUUUGGCCACCGCUCCAAGCUGGCAGCCCACCUCUGGACCCACGCACCUGCCCGCCCCUACCCAUGCCCCGACUGCCCCAAGUCUUUCUGCUACCCCUCCAAGCUUGCAGCCCACCGCCACACGCACCAUGCCACCGAAGCCCGCCCCUAUCCUUGCCCUCACUGCCCCAAGGCUUUUUCAUUCCCCUCCAAACUGGCCGCCCACCGCCUCUGUCAUGAUCCCCCGACAGCACCAGGCAGCCAGGCCACAGCCCGGCAUCGCUGCUCCAGCUGCGACCAGGCCUUUGGCCAAAGACGACUCCUGCUCCUUCACCAGCGCAGCCACCACCAGGCUGAAAGCCAGGGGGAGCGAGAGUGAGUCCUCCCCUUGGCUCAUGGCCCCCUCUGCUGCCAGCUUGGGUCAAUAAAAAAAGGUGGCAUUUUUAA